UUCCCCAGGCAUUUUCUUGUCUUCUGUCUGUCUUCUGCUGCUGCUGUCCUACAACCAGUCAUGAUGCUCCAGGUGGCUGUGCUCACUGUCCUCUUCUGUUCUGUCAACAGUUUUACUAUACAGGCUUCUUUUGAAAAGAGUGAUGAGUACUCUGGUAACACCAUUGAGGAUGAUGAAUUCAGUGUCUCCACGCUGUUAGAGAGGGCCAAUACUAAUGUUGGAAAGAACCCAAAUGAGCCUCUCGUGAUGUUUGGAGACAUAGCAAUGCCAACUGGUCUACAGAAUGCUGAUCCCUGCACAGCACGAGGAUGCCUGUGGCCUAAAGCCAGCGACGGCAAUGUCUAUGUACCCUACCGCAUCUCCAGACAGUACUCUCAAAGAGAGAGAGAUACCAUCAUCCAAGGUUUACGGUCAUUUGCUGCAUCCACCUGCAUCCGCUUCACCCCACUGAAUGGUCAGAUUGACUUUGUGGACAUCCAGUCUCGCUCAGGGUGUUUCUCAUUUGUCGGGCGGCGUGGGCGUGGCCAGACAGUGUCUUUGAGUCGCCAGGGCUGUGUUUUCCAGCAGAUCAUCCAACAUGAGCUGCUCCACGCGCUGGGCUUCAACCAUGAACAGACCCGGUCUGACAGGGACCAGCAUGUUCGCAUCUUACUUCAGAACGUUAUUCCUGGAAUGGAGGGCAAUUUCAGGAAGAUCAGAACAAGGAACCUUGGCACUCCCUAUGACUACAACUCGGUCAUGCACUACGGAAGAUAUGCCUUCUCUAGAAACAGGCAGCCAACCAUCGUUCCCAUCCCCAACAGCAAUGUAGCCAUUGGCAGGGCCAGCCAAAUGAGCCCUACUGACAUCCUUCGGGUGAACCGCCUGUAUCGCUGCAACUCAACUGUUUCCAGACCUCACCUGGAACCAAUGCAAAGAAACAAUUUCAUCUAGAAAUGAAAGAAAUCAAGAGGAAAUGAGGACUGAUGAAUUGAUGAUUGAUGCAACAUUUUAUCUACAAGCAAAACCAGAAAUGCAUCCUGUGCUUAAUGAUUGUGCUUCAAUGAAAUUCAGAAUUUAAUACAAUUAUUUUUUGUGCUGACCUAAUGAAAAAUUAUAAGUGUCCCGUGACAUCAUCACAGAUUUAUAUUUGUCAGUAUAUAUAACUACAGUAUGUAGUAAGUGCUUGCAAACUUGGCUGAAUAAUUGAUAAUGAAUAAAAAUAUAUAUUUGCUUAUCUCAACCUCAAGGCACCCUGUUUCUGUUUUUCACUACCCAUACAUAUGUUGAUCUGAAAAGACAAAAUGACUAAAUACUGUACCAGCAUUCACUGCCACAAAAGCUAAGAACUUGUGAAUUAAGUACAGGUUGAGCAUUGACGUAGAAAUCUUUGUGAACUUAUACAGGUGAUCAGCAAUAAUUCAUGAACAGGGCAUGAGGAGGGAUAAACACACACAGGUGAUCAAACUUACUUAACACAUACUGUAGCCUUUUUUUGGACUUGGUCUGAAUGAUAGACUCAGUACAUACUGAGUAUGUUCACUCAGACACACAACUGUGGAAACAUGUCCCUUUUUAAUUCUCAUGAUAUAAAAUUGUGAAAUAGGACUUGUUUCAAUUUUUGUGAAUGAGUUGUUAAUUUGUGGUCAUUUUGUAAGAGGCAGCCUUAGAUAUUAAAGUACUGUACUGUU